AUGAGUUUCGUUGUUGAGGGCGUUGAGGAAAAGCUUGUCAACACCAAGUAUGCGGAUGCAUUUGAUAUCUGUGGACAAGCAAUGAGAGAAGCUCUUGACCUCAUCCGUUCGGAAGGCUAUGAAGAUAGAACUGGAUGGACGUUAGAUACAAAAAACGACGAAUCUUCUGUCUUCUAUAAAGACAUCGAUGGUCUCAGAUAUUUCACUGUUCGAACAAAACUGACGAUAUCCCCUGAAGAUGGACAUCGAUAUAACUGGGUGAAUGUGGAGAAGAUGUGUGAAUGGAAUAGUAAUGUCAAAUAUAGUGAGAAAAUUGAUGAGCUAUCCGAGAACACUGACAUAAUUCAUUACGGAAGUAAUAGUGUAUUGAUGGUCAGUGGCCGACAAUUCCUUUGUGGACGAAUGAGAAGAAUAACUGAUGGAAACUACAUGAUAUCCGCUAAAUCGCUGUCAGUAGACUCUGUUCCGAAUGCGAAGGAUGCUGUAAGGGCACAACUUCAUUUGGCAUUUGGUCGUUUCCGAGAAGACCCACAAAAUCCCUCUGGUUCUAUUUAUGAUUACACCCUAUGUGCCGAUUUGCGUGGCAUGAUGCCACAGAGAUUAGUAAAUCAGGUUAUGGGAAAACUGCUGCUUUCGGAUAUGGAAAAUACAAAAGCUCAUUUCAUUCGAUAUUCCAGUGCAAAGAAUAUCUAA